AUGGCCCACGUACUCAACACACAACAACCCCUCCUACUCUCCGGAAAGAAACGAAACGACCGCGAUGACGACCUCGACGGAGGAGACGCCUUGCUUGUUAAGAAAUCAUCACUCGACCCUGCGGCGGCGCUGGCCAGCAUCCGGCAUGAGUUCGGUGAGCACGGCGGCGUCAACAUGUCCAUCGAGGCCUCCGCCACCUUCACCGUCAUGGAACCGGAGACCAUGCGGCGGAUGUUCGCCGGAGAACUUGGACCGGACAACGACUUCUUUGUAUACAGCCGACACUUCAACCCCACCGUCCUCAACCUCAGCCGCCAGAUGGCCGCUCUCGAAGCCACCGAAGCCGCCUACUGUACCUCAAGCGGUAUGUCGGCGAUAUCCUCGGUGAUGCUACAACUGUGCAGCAGCGGUGGACACGUGGUGGCGUCCAAGACGCUCUACGGAGGAACACAUGCUCUGCUUACUCAUUUUUUGCCACGGACCUGCAACAUAACCACGUCCUUCGUCGACAUAACGGACCACGAAGCCGUGGCUGACGCGAUCGUGGAGGGUCGGACGCAGGUCCUCUACUUUGAGGCCAUGGCUAACCCAACGCUCACUGUGGCCGACAUACCGGAGCUUAGCCGUAUCGCACACGACAAGGGAGUGACGGUGGUGGUGGACAACACCUUCACCCCCAUGGUGCUGUCUCCGGCUAAGCUUGGAGCCGACGUGGUGGUUCAUAGCAUCUCCAAGUUCAUCAGCGGUGGGGCCGACAUCAUUGCAGGGGCUGUGUGUGGGAGCGAGAAGCUGGUGAAAGGGAUGAUGGAUCUGCGUGGCGGCUCUCUGAUGCUUUUAGGUCCCACCAUGAACGCCAAGGUGGCUUUCGAGCUGUCCGAGCGGAUACCUCACCUGGCUCUGCGGAUGAGAGAGCACAGCCGCAGGGCCCAAGUGUAUGCGGAGAGAAUGAAGGAGCUAGGUUUGAAAGUGAUAUACCCUGGACUCGAGGACCACCCGCAGCACAAGCUAGCCAGAAGAAUGGUGAACAGAGAGUACGGAUACGGAGGAUUGUUGUCGAUAGACAUGGAGACUGAGGAGAGAGCCAACAAGCUCAUGACGUAUCUCCAGAACGCCACGCAAUUCGGUCUCAUGGCCGUCAGUUUGGGUUACUACGAGACCCUCAUGUCCUGCUCCGGAAGCAGCACCAGCAGCGAGCUCGACCCCGACCAGAAGGCAGCCGCAGGCAUCUCUCCGGGCCUCGUACGAAUGUCGGUUGGGUAUGUGGGAACGUUGGAGCAAAAGUGGACUCAAUUCGAGAAGGCAUUCCUCAGAAUGUAA